AUGCCGUCCCGUCUGUUCUCGCGCGACUCGCCGCAAGCAGAGCAGCAGCUUCCCUUCACCAGCGACGCCGUCAACGAAGCCGACUUCGCCCACGAUGCCUCGCAUGCCGAGCAGGGCAGCCAGUCCCUCCCACGCCGGAUAAGAGGGAAUUCAAUCGCUGGGGGUCCUCUCUCUGGCUCCUACACGCGCAAUCCCAUCCGCUCCUUCGCGCAUCAGACCUCCCACGGGUUUGCCGGUACCUACCCCAAGCCUCAUCUAUGGGCAGCCACUGACUGCCGCGUAGAUACCCCUCAGUACUCGUCCCAAGGCGUGCGGGAGAGAAGCUCCCAAUUGGCCUCGUAUGCCCUCGAGGCCGAAGACUACCAGGACCGACCCCAGCGCCACAGCUUCGCUGACCCUGACACGUUCUCUGGGAGACAUGCCGGCAUACUGUCCGAUAACGACGAGGGGCGCGCCUCAAUAGACACGGGUCGCUGGACCGACACCAUCGAGGAGGACAGCGAGGCCGAGACGCCCGAUACCGUUAUCGGGCCACAACAGGCUGAUAAGGGCUUCUUCAGCCCCAAGCUGCCGGGAGCGACGUCACAGAGCGCGAAGAAGACACCAGGCAGCUCACACGUGCCGGGUGUAGUUGUCGAGGAUACCGAGCGCACGCCUCUGCUGCCCCAGACCAGACUAUCCCGCCCGGACCCGCAACAAAAGCAGAAGCCCUCCGAGAGCCACUCGUGGACGCCGCACUCCAAGUCGCGCCUGCCUCAACGCGUCAAACAGACCUUCGCUGCUGGACGGGGACACCUACUGGACGUGAGUGCGUCUCUAACCAACCCCAAGAACUACACCAAGGAUGCUCUCAUCUCGAGCGCUCUCAGCAGUGUUCAGAUCACGUCGGCCGUAUUCCUGGGAUUGCUUCUGAACCUCUUGGAUGCGCUGUCCUAUGGCUACAUCCUGUUCCCACUCGGUGCGCCCAUCUUUAGCAACACUGGCCCAGAUGGUAUCUCCAUCUUCUUCGUGAGCUGUAUCGUUUCCCAACUCUGCUACUCUCUGGGGCUUUCCGUCUUCAAAGGAGGCGUUGGAUCUGAGAUGAUCGAGGUCGUGCCCUUCUUCCACAAAAUGGCCUACUCCAUCAUGAACCAGAUGGAGGGAAAACCACCGGAGGCCAUCAUAGCUACUACCAUCGUUUCCUACUGUCUGAGUUCCAUUCUGACCGGUCUCAUCUUCCUCGCCCUCGGAGCCUUCAAGCUAGGCAACCUGGUCAGCUUCUUCCCCAGACACAUCCUGAUCGGCUGCAUCGGUGGUGUGGGCUUCUUCCUGGUUGUUACUGGAAUUGAGGUAUCCGCACGCCUCGAAGGUAACCUCAACUACGAUCUCGCUACCCUGCAGAAACUAUUCUCCGGUGACACCUGGUACCUAUGGACACUACCGCUUGCCCUUGCAAUCACGAUCAUGAUCCUCCGGCGUCUGUCCAAGAGCCCCUUCGUUCUACCCGCUUUCUUCAUUACCGUAUUUGCUGUCUUUUACAUCAUCGUCAAGGGCAUUAUGCACAAGGACCUUGAGCCUGUGCGCAACGCAGGUUGGAUCUUCGAGACGCCAGAAGCUGGUGUCAAGUUUUACAGAUUCUAUUCUUACUUCAAAUUCGGCAGCAUAGAUGGAGCGGCGCUUAUCAGCACUAUCCCCACCAUGUUCGCCCUUUCAUUCUUCGGCAUCAUCCACGUUCCCAUCAAUGUCCCCGCUCUUGGUGCCGCGGUGCGGGAGGACAACCUCGACGUCAACCGAGAGCUGAUUGCUCACGGCAUCUCGAACACCCUCUCUGGUUGCUUGGGUAGUAUCCAGAACUACCUCGUCUACGCCAACAGCGUCAUGUUCGUUGACAACGGCGGUAACAGCCGAACUGCAGGUAUCAUGCUCGCAUUUGCAACAACCGCCGUCUGGGUUGCGGGCCCGGCCAUGGUCGGCUACAUCCCGAUCUGCCUCGUCGGCGCACUCAUCUUCCUCCUGGGUAUUGAUCUCAUGAAAGAAGCUCUCUGGGAUACCUUUGGCAAAUGCCACAAGCUCGAAUACCUGACCAUCCUGGCUAUUGUACUCAUCAUGGGCGUACACGACUUCGUUGUUGGCAUCUUCGUCGGUAUCGUCCUUGCGUGCGUCAGCUACGUGGUGCAAAGCUCCCGUCAUUCAGCCAUCCGAGGAACAUACAGCGGCAUGAUCGCAGAGUCCACCGUUCGCCGCCCAAGAUCAGAUUCCCGUUAUCUCAACAAAGUCCGAGGUCAGAUCCGCGCCAUCAAGCUAGGCGGUUUCUUGUUCUUUGGCACUAUCGUAUCUGUGGAAGAGUACAUGCGAUCUUUGAUCGACGACGAUCAUUUCGAGAAGAACCCCAUCAGCUUCAUCAUCGUCGACUUUACGCACGUCUUGGACGUUGACUUUUCCAGUUCCGAAGGUUUCCAGCGCAUCAACCGUAUCCUGAACACCAAGAACGUCAAGAUGAUCAUCUCGGGAGUCUCUUUCGCUGAUCCAGUCGGUCGAGCCCUGCAGAACGUCGGUCUUCUGGACGAAGACGGCGACGAAGAGUGCCCUCCACCACAAGUCUUCGAAGACCUAAACACUGCGCUUGAGUCUUGCGAGAACGAGUUGCUAGAAGUCUUCCACAAGCACUGGAACCGCCACGCGACAAAGCCACAAACCACACCGCCAAUGAGCAUCUCCGGAUCCAAGGGCACAUCCCCCAACGAACCGAUCGCCACCGGUGGCACGCCCACAUCCUUCGGCGCCAGCUCUCUCAACCCCGUAUUCUCCUCGCCCCGACGCGGUGCCAGACUCAUCGCAGCUCGAUCUACCAUGCGCGAAAGCGGCGAAGACUCUCUUUCCAUUCCCGACACUACCUCGCUAAGCACCACCCAAACCACACAAGUCGCUCCCUCGCGCUGGCGCAACUUUGCCCAACCACUCAAGAUCAUCCUCCAGACUUUCGAAGAUGUCUCCACCAAGAACGAAGACUUCUGGCAAGCUGUCGCACCCUACUUCGAGCGCAAAGAAUACCCCGCCGGCACCGUCCUGUACUCGCGCGGAGACGACCCAGACGGCUUCUACAUCCUAGAGAAAGGUCGUCUGCGGACAGAAUACGAACUCGACCAAGGCAGCUUCUUUGAGGUGAUCCUGCCUGGUACUACAUGCGGCGAGCUGCCAUUCUUCUCCGAGACAGAUCGCACGGGCACAGUCGCGGCGGAGAACGACUCGGUGGCUUGGCUGCUUACGCGCGAGAAGUAUAAUGAGUUGGAGAGGAAGGACCAAGAGGUUGCUACCGAGUUGCUGAAGGUGGGACUGAAGUUGACCAAGGAGAGGAUGGAUGCUAUCACGAGUUAUGUGCUUGUUACUGCGUCGUAG